AUGAGUCAUUUUUGUAUACAUGUCGCACAUGCAAACAGAUGAAGAAGUGAAUGACUGCCCAAUUGAGCAAGUUAGGCUAACGGUUCCAACCACAGACGACCCAUCGGAGCCGACCAUGACGUUCCGGACAUGGGUUCUCGGCCUACUAUCAUGCGUUAUUCUUGCUUUCGUGAACCAAUUUUUCGGGUACCGGCAAAAUCAUCUAUACGUUUCUUCAGUCUCGGCCCAAAUCGUAGUCCUCCCCCUAGGAAAGCUGAUGGCGGCGGUCCUUCCUGCGACGGAGUUCCAAGUCCCAUUUACAAAAUGGUCGUUUUCUUUGAAUCCGGGGCCUUUCAGUAUGAAAGAACAUGUUUUGAUCACUAUAUUUGCAAACUCUGGAUCAAACAGUGUUUAUGCAGUUAACAUUAUCACAAUUGUAAAGGCUUACUACCACCGAGAUAUUCACAUCAUGGCAGCCUUCUUGUUAUCUCAAACCACUCAGAUGCUUGGAUAUGGAUGGGCUGGAUUAUUCAGAAAAUUUCUUGUUGACUCACCCUACAUGUGGUGGCCUUCAAAUCUUGUUCAAGUCUCUCUAUUCAGGGCAUUGCAUGAAAGGGAAAAGAGACCCAAAGGAGGCAGAACCAGGAUGCAAUUCUUCAUCAUUGUUUUCGUAUGCAGCUUUGCGUACUACAUUGUCCCAAGCUUAUUCUUCCCUUCCCUAACAGCUCUCUCCUUCGUCUGUUGGAUUUGGAAGGACUCCAUCACUGCGCAACAGAUUGGUUCCGGCCUCAAGGGCCUCGGAAUUGGCUCGUUUGCCCUCGACUGGUCCACCAUCGCCGCCUUCCUGGGCAGCCCUCUAGCCUACCCAGAUGUUGCUGUGAUCAACAUGCUAAUUGGCUUUGUUCUGAUUUUUUACAUCAUUUUGCCUAUUACGUAUUGGACCAAUACCUAUGAUGCAAAGAAAUUCCCAAUCUUUUCCUCCCACACAUUUGAUGUUGAUGGCCAAAAGUACAACGUUUCGAGAAUUCUCAAUAAGAAAACUUUCGAUAUCGAUUUGCCCCGGUAUAACAGUUACAGUAAACUCCACCUCAGUACCUUCUUUGCCCUCACCUAUGGCUGGGGAUUUGCCACUCUUACAUCGACUAUUUCACAUGUUGGACUCUACCAUGGAAAAGAAAUCUGGCAUCUGUGGAGAAAGACGACCGGUGCAGUGAAAAAUCAGCUCGGCGACGUCCACACAAGACUUAUGAAGAGGAACUAUGAACCAGUCCCAGAAUGGUGGUUCCAGAUAAUCCUUGUUUUCAUGGUUGGUCUUGCCAUCUUUACCUGUGAAGGUUUCGGCAAACAGCUCCAACUUCCAUGGUGGGGAGUUUUACUCGCCUGUACCAUUGCACUAGCUUUCACCCUACCCAUCGGAGUUAUUGCCGCUACAACAAACAUGCAACCAGGGCUCAACAUAAUUACAGAGUUAAUUAUCGGGUACAUUUAUCCCGGGAGGCCUCUGGCUAAUGUGGCUUUCAAGACCUAUGGAUAUAUCAGCAUGUCACAGGCACUCAUGUUUCUUGGUGACUUCAAAUUAGGCCACUAUAUGAAGAUCCCCCCUAAGUCCAUGUUUAUAGUGCAGUUAGCCGGAACAGUGACGGCUACAAGUGCCUUCUUUGGUACAUCGUGGUGGCUUCUCACUACUGUGAAGAACAUCUGUGAUCCAGCAAACUUGCCAGCGGGAAGUCCGUGGACAUGCCCGGGUGAUGAUGUGUUCUACAAUGCUUCAAUCAUAUGGGGAGUCAUAGGCCCACUCAGAAUGUUUACUAAGAAAGGAAACUACCCAGAGUUGAACUGGUUCUUCCUCCUCGGCUUUCUGUCACCUAUUCCCGGUUGGCUACUCCACAAAAAAUUCCCCAAUAAGAAGUGGAUUCGGCACAUAAACAUGCCUAUAAUCCUUGGAUCAACGGGUGUCAUGCCACCAGCGAAAGCCAUAAACUAUUUGUCAUGGUUUUCAGUUGCACUCGUCUUCAACUUGUAUGUUUACAGAAAGCACAAGGGGUGGUGGGCUAGGCAUAACUAUAUCCUAUCUGCUGCUUUGGAUGCCGGUGUGGCCUUUACAGCAGUUACCCUAUAUGUCACCCUCCAAUCCAAGGAAAUUAUGGGUCCAAAGUGGUGGGGUCUGGACCAAGACGACCAUUGUCCGUUGGCCAAGUGUCCUACUGCACCAGGGAUAAAGACUAAGGGGUGUCCAGUUCUCUAAGAUAUGCUUCAAAAUCAUCCUAGAAUGUUUGCAAAUCAUAGCCCAGUCUUCUAGUUUUUUAUGAUAAUGAUGAUGAUGAUGUUGUUCACCAUCAUGGCAGUUCAGAAAGAUGUAGCGGCUUAGUGAAUUAGUUUGAAUUACUUUACGGACAAGUUUUAUUCUUGUGCAAUUAAAUAGUUUGUUUAUUUUUCA